AUGUUUUUGUCCAAGGUUAUCCCGUUUGCAGUCUUUGCUACAGCUGCGUAUGCCAGUGUCCAGGUGCAACCAUGGAUGCCGCCUGGACCGAAUGAUUCGCGAGGGCCGUGCCCAAUGCUGAAUACUUUGGCGAACCAUGACUAUCUUCCUCAUAGUGGCCGCAACAUUUCAGCUUUACUAAUUGAAAACGCUUUCAUCCAGUUCCUCAAUAUCGAGGCAGGAUUUGCAGCUGCUGCCAAAGACUUUGCCGAAGCUUGGGGCCAUGAAACCUUCGACCUUGACGACCUCAACGCACCAGACAUACUACAGCACAUUGCAUCCCUCACUCGAGACGAUUACACCUCUCAACAUCCACAUUUGAAGCCAAAUUUGCUCCGAAUUGAGCGUCUCAUGGCCGAUAGCCCGACCUUAUUCAUCAACAUUGAUUCUAUUGCCAAAACCCGACUGCGUGUGGAGACAGAGUCAAUGCCAAGUGCCUUGUCCAAGAACCAAACGAAUGCGGCGCUCUUUGAAGCCGCUAUGGUCCUUGUAAUGAUGUCAGACCACAGUCCCGACGCUGAGUUUAAUCCUCCUCUGUCGGCUUAUCAGGGUCCUAAAGAUCGGAUACGAGCAUGGUUCGAACAGGAAAGAUUUCCCACGGAAUUUGGAUGGAAGCCAUCGGCAAGGACAAUCAAGCUGGCUGAUCUGAACCCUGCAAUCGAUGGAAUUAUCAAGUCUAUGGAGCGACAGGAUUACAACCGGUCACCUCGUGUGGCGCAAAAGUUUUCCAUUUAG